AUGAAGAAGCUUUUUUUGUUGGCCGCUUUGGGAGUGGUGGCGCCAAAUGAGAACUCAACUGGCUUUGUCGACCUUAAAACUCAAAGUGGCGGCUCAAAAUCGAAAGAAUGCGGCUUGCCCAACGAAUUCUCAACUCUUCCUGAUUAUGCUCAAAAAGAAUUGGAAGCUAUUUGGAAUGUUUACACAGAAGGAGCAGACUUGACGACGGAGGUGAGCACGGAGGCAAGCACGGAGGCAAGCACAGAGGCACAGACGGAGUCGACAACGACAGAAGCUGUGGAUACAACAAUAGAGAAACUGGAAGAUACAACGACAACACUCAAACCGAUAAAGCAAAAGAAUCCAAGCCUAAAGAAAAAACUUCGAGCUCCAUCGUUGAGAUUGGGACGAAAGAGAUAUCGACCAAUUGCCGAGAAUCAAGAUGUUGAUUAUGAUGCUGAAGAUUUUCAAGGACACACUCCACAACCAACUCAAGGAAAAAUCCCGAAAGCUUCGAAUGAGUACGAUUACUUUGAUCCACAUCAAAAAGCCGAGUUCAAGCGUUAUGAACAUUGGAAAAAGCAGCAACAACAAGGCAAUUUUGCGAGAGAUGAUGACUAUGAUCAGAGGAAACCAAAGACGAAAACAGCGAUCGGAUCGAGGAUCAUUCAUGCACAUCCAAGCAAAUUCAAAGACGAUUACCAUGACUACGACCAAGAGGAACACCAUUUUGACCAUUCAGAGGGAUCGAACUCGGCCGAUCCGUUGGCAGCCAAAUUUGACACUCCAGAUGCUCCAUUCUUGCGAGACGCCCCUCAAUCAGUUCGACGGGAAUUUGUCGAAACGUGGAACGAUCAAGAUAUCCCAUCAGAGCCAUUGAGAGCUCAAAAAAUUCAACUCUUGGCCGUUUCAUUGCUCAAUGGCAGACAACUUGGACAGUACAAUGCUUGGGCCACAAAUCGACGAAGAGUUUUAAAGGCACGAGAACAAGAACUCUCUGAGCUUUCUCCAGCUGCUCGUCGAAUGCUAAGAAGAUUAUCCAACACUUCAGACACAAAAAAUAUUCGAAUUCAUCCAAACAUCAAGCAAGAAUUGAGAGAUUUCAUCGAAAGACACAGAAGAAGAGUGGCAAAAAGAGUCUCCAAAGCGGUCGCG